AUGUCAAGGUUUCGAUCAUUGUUGCAAGCCUCAGUAAAUGCAACAAAGAAGGCUCUUACAUGGAACGUUGAAGAAUGGGUACCACCUGCAGAGAAGACUAUAUUUAAGUUCCGUUCGAAAGAAGACUUGAAGAAAUGGCAUCUCUAUUCUGAUUCUGAAUAUGGAGGGUUAUCUUCGGCUUCCUUGGAGAUCCCAGAUGGAGGAAAUGGAUCAGAUGGCACUGGAAUUUUCUCGGGGAAUCUUUCCGUAGACCUUAGUGAGGGAGCAAAGUUGAACAUCAGUAGGAGUGGCUUCUGUGGAAUGCGCUCAAAAAAGUUUGAUGGCUUCAUUGAUCUCGACGGGUAUGAUGCAAUAGCCCUAAGGCUCAGAGGAGAUGGAAGGUGUUAUAUCUCUACCAUCUAUACCGAAAACUGGGUGAACUCACCGGGACAAUCAGAAGAUAACUCGUGGCAAGCUUUUGUUUUUGCUCCAAAGGACAGUUGGUAUACUGCUAAGAUCCCUCUAGCUCGAUACUUGCCAACAUGGAGAGGGAAUGUCAUCGAUGUGGAAAUGGAGAUGAAUCAAGGCCGUGUUCUUGGUAUGUCACUAUCGGUAAAUGCAGAAGGUGGUGCGGUUGGAGCUAAAUCAGGAGCAGGUGAUUUCCGAGUUGAAAUUGACUGGAUCAAAGCCUUGAGAUUGCCUUGA